AUGGCACCAACUCUUCUCGAUUCAAUUCCGCUCCCUUACUAUGUGUUGAUCGCUGGAGUGGUAGGCUUGGCGUUCUCGGUGUUAAGUGCACUCCGUUUCUUCCGAGGUUGGCAAUACUCUCGCGAGAAUGGCUGUAGACCACCAGUCCAUACAGUUUCCCAUGGUCUUUUUGGACUGGGAAUGGUGACAGAAAUGCUUAAGGCCGCCAAAGAGAAUCGAUUCCUCGAACAUGUCCGCGGCUGGCAUCGAGCUUACGGUGUGACUUUCAAAGCCAAGAUGAUUGGCCGUCAAGUCAUUUUCACCGUCGAGCCUAAGAAUGUGCAAACAGUCUUGGCUCUCAAGUUCAAGGACUUUGAACUUGGUGAUUACCGGAACAAAGCGAUGCGUCCGCUAUUGGGAUAUGGUAUCUUCUCUACAGAUGGUAGUAAAUGGGAACACUCGCGUGCUCUUAUCCGUCCAAAUUUCACUCGUAACCAGAUCACCGAUAUAAAUGUUUAUGAGACCCAUGUCAAGGCUUUGAUUGAAAGGAUCCCGCGUGACAGAUCUACUGUGGAUAUGCAGGACCUUUUCUUUCGAAUGACUCUCGACUCGGCAACGGAGUUUUUAUUCGGAGAAUCUGUUCAUUCCCUGAAUGACACUGUUCCUCUCUCAGCUUCAUCAUUUGCCAAAGACUUCAACAAGUCUCAGGAGGGACUCGCUCUUCGCAGUAGAUUAGGAUCUCUCAUGGGUUUACACUAUGACAGGGAAUUUUCUCAGGCAGUCGUCAAUGCUCGGGCAUAUGUUGAUAGAUUUGUUCAGAAGGCGAUUGACUAUCGAAUUGCUCUAGACAGUGGCAACGGCGUAUCACAAAAGCCUCAUGAGUUGGAUCAACAAUACGUGUUCUUGUAUGAGCUGUCAAAGCGAACACUCAACAAGACAGAGCUCACGGACCAGCUUCUUAACAUCCUACUGGCGGGUCGAGAUACAACUGCCAGUCUGUUAAGUAUUACUUUUUUCGUCAUGGCGAGAAGGCCCGAUAUUUGGAAGAAGCUGAGGCAAGAGGUUCUCAAACUCGACGGUCGCAAGCCCUCCUUCCAAGAUCUCAAGUCCAUCUCCUAUUUAACCUGGGUUAUGAACGAGACUCUACGACUCUACCCCGUUGUCCCCAUCAACGUACGCAUGGCUAACAAAGACACUCACCUCCCGGUCGGAGGAGGCCCAGAGGGCAAGGAUUCAAUCUUCGUCCCCAAGGGACAGGAGGUGAUGUACAGUGUGUACACCAUGCAUCGCCGGCAGGACAUAUUCGGCCCAGAUGCGGACGAGUACCGGCCGGAGAGGUGGGAGAAACUCAAGCCAGGCUGGGCAUACAUCCCUUUCAAUGGUGGCCCUCGCAUCUGCAUCGGACAGCAGUUUGCCUUGACCGAGGCGGGAUACUGUAUCGUCCGGAUUAUGCAAGAAUUUGAGGCUAUGGAGAGCAGAGACAACAGGCCAUUUGAAGAGGCACUGACGUUGACGCUGGCUAGCUUCAACGGGGCAAAGGUCGCCCUAACACCAGUUCGAAGCUCUUAG